AGGGCUUCCCUCUGACAGUCAAAACUGGGCUGUUUCAUUUCCAUUACCCAUUUCCACUUGUACAGUAAGAGGCAAGAAUCCUCCGUGAAGCCGAGACCCAGAGGGCAAGAGAAGGGGCCCGGCCAAGCUCGAGACCCCACCAGGAGCAGACACACUGGGGUGGAUUCCGACCGGCGGGCGGCUCGGGGAGCCAGGUGUCGGGGAAGGGGGGCGAUGGAGCUCCUGCACGUCACCGUGGCCGCGUUCUACACUGUGCUGCUUGGCUGCCAGCCAAGGCUGCUACGAGCACAAAUAAAAUCAGAAGCAAGUUGCUCAGCCUCUUCCCCAGCCAAAUUAUUCGGGCAAAAAGGAGAAAAUUUCACAUUCUUCUGCAGCGUCUCAAAUAUGCCAAACUCGACUACCUUGAACUGGUACAAAUACUUUAACAACCACAAGGACAAAUUCGCAGAACUCAAGAAGGAAGACGAUAAGUACCACGAGGGGCGGCAUCAUGUGAGCAAGUGUUCUAAUUCGGUCUUUAAGAUAACGAUUUUGGAACUGCAACUGAAUGACACUGGGGAGUACUUUUAUGAAGCCAUUGAAUUAUCAACUUCUGCUAAGAUCUGGAGGAGCAAUUGUACUCUGCUCAAUGUGACAGCAAGAACACCAGGCCCGUCCACGGCACCUCCAAAAAUUAUCUCCAUCAAAAAGGGGAACGUCCAGGGGACCGUCAUCCUGUCAUCGAGCAUCGUGGCCGUAGCCCUUUUGCUGCUGCUGGGCUGGGUUCUAUAUGCCAUUGCUCAGAAAAGGAAAGGGAUCAAUAAAUCAGAAAAUGAUGAUUUGACUCUGAAGGGAGAGCCGACAUCCAGGCCGGUAUUUACAGUGGACUAUGGUGAGCUCGAGUUCCAGAGAGGGGAGAAGCCUCCAAAGACAGUUGGAACAUGCACGUCAGAGCAGACCGAAUAUGCCACCAUCAUCUUUCUACCAGAAAAACCCUUGGCCCACAAUGGUCUCCAGAUAAAGAAAUAAGAACAUGUAGGUUGUAGAGCACCACUUGUUCAGGAGGCCAGGGUCCCAGUAGGAAAUCAUUCUUCAUCUGCUGGACCCCUCUAGCUAGCCUUCUUACCUUCUCCUUCACCUUUUGCCCUUUUGUUCUUAUAGAGAAGUAUUAGCACUAGCUCUAUGAACUGAUCUGGGUUCUCUCUGGAUGUGGACCCUUCACACCAUUCCAUGUCUGUCUCAGAACUGCAUGUCAUUCAAAUAUUUUUCUUUCUCCUAUUCAGUAAAUCACUAUUUUAGGCAGUUGCUGGAAACUUGCAUUGAGGGGGUGGACAGGUGUAGGGGUUCCCAGUUCUUUUCUACCCCAUGGGAACCUGAGGAUUUUGACUCAAGGCUUUGGUUUUGCUCCUGGUUGGAAUUUGCAAGAGGAACUGUACUCUGUUUCCAAGAGAAAGAGAUGUGCAUUGUUCCCAGUGAGCAUGGGAGCAGCACCUUUGAUGGCUUGAUAAAACUAUGCUUGGAAAUGGGAUCAGAUGUAGAGGUUCUGAGAUUUUUGUUGUUGUUGGUUUUUUUUUUUUUUAAGAAUGGGUGAUACAGGAGAUUCCUUGAGAGGGAAACAGCCCAGGGAAUGAAUCCAAUAUUCCAGUGAGCAGCCCUGUUGUUAAUACUAUAAGAGGGCAGUGUUAGUGCUUGUCAUAUUUGCCAUCCAUGUCAUGUCACUAGAACUGAUGCAGUCUUGUGUGGAAAAUAUAAUGCAAAAGCUGUGAGCAAUGAUGGUGCUGGUGAAAGUGAAAAUCACAAUGUUGACUACAGACAGGAGAUAAGUAGACAGGUGCCUUGUAAGCUUUCUCUCUUCACCUGCCACAGCUUUGUUCAGUUAAAUCAGACCCCAGCUCUGAACAGAGUGAAAGUGAGAGCUCAUACUGGGGGGCGUUUCUCCCCUCUUCAACUUGGUUAGAACCUCUCAGUUUCGAGUUACAUUUCUCCAGCCCAGCUGCUUACCACCUUUCCCAGCCCCCGAUUCAAAGACGAACCUUUUUCCAGGGCAACUGCAGUCAGUGGUGGGUGAAAACCCAACACUGCUCUGUGCAGAGACCAUUAGAUCCUUGUCUGUUGUCCCUCUGCUCCUAGGGCUCCCUUUGGCUCUGCAAUUUCCAAAGAGGAGUUUGUCAGGAAAGUUGGGGCGUGAGGCUAGUGGAGUAGCUGUGAAUGGGGACAGGCCUUUUAAUUUAAAGACUGCUGUUUGACUUUUCCUUGGGGUUUGAUCUUGGAUCCACCCUGAUUCAUUUGGGAGCAGCUGGAUGCACUGUCAGUAUCCUUAAGUUAAAAACCAAAAAAUAAGGGAAGUUCUAAAUCCUUGGUCUUGUGUGUUUCAACAUCCAAACCAGGUUUUGUUGAUCCUGUAAGAUUUCAGUCUUUUGUAUAUAAAUGGCAUUUUAAUUUAAGACUAUAAAUGGUAAAUAUACUGUAAUUUUUCCAGGCAUAUUGCAUAUUUGCACUAUAUGUGAAACAGAUAUAAAUAGGUGGACAAAUAAUAAUGGAAAACAAGCUCAGCUGAUUUCUGUGGGUUGUGUUGCUAGGAAUUGUGUCAAUCCCAGAAAUUCUCUGGAGGGCAGGAGUCCCCGAGAUAUUUCACUGAAUAUCUAUGGAAACCACAUAGGACUCUGAUGCCCUAUUCCCAUUUGUUCAUUUUAUACUGUUAAUAAAAAAAUUUCAAAAAUCUACCAAUAAA